CACCCUUGCCACGCUCCAGUCGGGCUCUGUCUGCUGGCAGGGCCACGCAGCCAUCCCCAGCACCAUGGUGAGGAACGUGGACGACUACGACUUCUGCCUGCCUUCGCACGCCCAGGGUGUGCUGGAGGGGCUGCAGCGGCUGCGCGCCAACCCCAAACUGGCAGACGUGACGCUGGUGGCGGGCGGGCAGGAGUUCCCCUGCCACCGUGGCGUCCUGGCCCUCUGCAGCCACUACUUCUAUGCCAUGUUCUCCGGCGACUUCGCCGAGAGCAUCGCAGCACGGGUGGAGCUGAAGGAGGUGGACUCCGGCGCCCUGCAGACGCUGCUCGACUUCGCCUACACAGGGAAGGUCACCAUCAACCAGGGUAACGUGGAGGGGCUGAUGCGGACCUCCAGCCAGCUCCACUUCCCCACUAUCCAGAAGGUUUGCAGCCGCUACCUCCGGCAGCAGAUGGAUGCCACCAACUGCCUAGGUAUCUGCGAGUUCGGUGAGAGCCACGGCUGCCCUGAGGUCUCUUCCAAGGCCUGGUCUUUCUUGCAGGAGAACUUUGAAGCUGUCUCUCAGCAGGAGGAGUUCCUCCAGCUCUCCAAGGAGAGGUUGGCCAUCUACCUCUCUCACGACCAGCUGCAGGUGCAGGAGGAGCAGAGCCUGGCUGAGGCCGUGCUGCGCUGGGUACGCCACGACCCAGGGCCCCGAGCCCAGUUCCUGCCCGAGCUGCUGGAGCUGGCCCACCUCGUCUCGCUGCCUGACCAGUACCUGCAGAACCUGCUUGCCACUGAGCCCCUCAUCCGUGACUCAGAUGCCAGCAAGGCUCUUGUUGCCCGAUCUCGUGCCACGGGGCAGAGUGAUGCUGGUACCCAGAAGAAACCCGCGACCCCACCACAGAAGCUGGAGGAGGUGCUGGUGGUGGUUGGUGGCCGUGUGCUGGAGGAGAGCGAGGAUGAGGAUGGGGGACUGCAGAUGCCGGCCACCACCAGGAACUUCGCCUUCUACAACCCCAAAAGCAGGCGUUGGAUGGCUCUUCCCGACUUCCCUGAUUACAACAAAUGGGGCUUUUCCCUGGUGGCUCUGAACAAUGACGUGUAUGUCACAGGUGGCUCCCGGGGGUCCCAGAACGACACGUGGUCAACGACCCAGGCCUGGUGCUUCUGCCUCAGGGACGGCACCUGGAAGCCCAUUGCUUCCAUGCUGAGAGCCCGGACAAACCACACCAGCGCUGUCCUGAAUGGCGAGAUCUAUGUCAUUGGGGGGACGACAGUGGACGUGGUGGAGGUGGAGCGCUACGACCCCUACAACAAGAGCUGGUGUGCCACCAGCCCAGCCCUCAAGUAUGUGAGCAAUUUUGCAGCCACCAGCUGCUUGGGCAAGCUCUACCUGGUGGGCUCCUGUGCCGUCAAGUACAACGCGCUCACCCUCCAGUGCUACAACCCUGUCCAAGAUUUGUGGAGUGUGAUCACGUCCCCCUUCAUCCCCAAGUACCUCUCGGCCCCGCGCUGUGCCACCCUCCACGGGCUCAUCUACCUCAUCGGGGACAACACGAAGAAGGUCCACGUGUACAACCCAGAGGCCAACAUCUGGCAGAAGGUGCAGCUCCUGUACCCCCAUGAGAACGGCGGGAUGGUGCCGCUGGGCGACCGGCUUUUUGUCACCGGUGGCCACUGGAAGGGCAUGGACGGGGACUACCGGGUGGAGAUGGAGGUGUACGACUGCGCCAAGGACCUCUGGACACGGGAGGGCUCCCUGCCCUGCCUCUGGCUCUUCCACAGCUCCUCCUCCAUCUUCAUGGACACGUCCAAGUGGACAGAGGCUUUCCGCAGUGACCAUGGGUGGUAG